AUGAAGUUCCAGAACGUCAUCAUCUUAUUCACUGCUGCUGUUUCAGCCACAGGACCGCCAACAUGCAAGGGCUCCUCACCCUCGUACUGCAAGUACACAUCAAAUCGCGACGCCACUGAAUGCAAGCGAUUCUUUGCCAAGAGCUACAUCAACGUCGCAACAUGUCAACUUCCAGCCAAGACCGUUACCUCAACGAGUACCAAGUGCGUUACUGUCCCCGAGGACCGCAAGGAGCUACAGUCGAUCCGUUACUGA